CUCACAACUCAGCCCAACAAACAUGGCCGACGUCCGCUCGCUCCUCCGCCAGCAGCGCGCCCGUCGCAUCGACCACCCGCACGCCGCCUACUCGGACGCCGGCAAGCUGCUCUGCCUGGUGUGCCACCAGCCCGUAAAGCCCGAGUCCUGGGACGCCCACGUCGGCACGUCGACGCACCGCCACCGCGCCGCCGCCAAAGAGUUCGAACCACCCGCGGAGCCGGCCCAAGGGCCCAAGAGAAAGAAUGACGAGCCCGAGGACAAGGACGCGAAGCGCAGGACCGCCGCGGUGAUGCCGCCCAACACUCCCCGACGCGCGCCGCACACGCCGCCGCUGCGCCAGUCGGGCACGCCGGGCCUGGGCGUCGAGCUGCAGAUACCGUCGCGGCCGGCGACCCCGAACGCGCGCGAGGGCCUGGGAUUGAGGAUCUCGCCGGUGGAGAGGACGACCAACAAGGCGCCCACCGCGGGCUUCACGGCGGACAAGGUCGACGAGGACGAGUGGGCGGCGUUCGAGGCAGAGGUGGUCAACGCGCCGGCGCCGGUUAUUGUCGCCGCCCCGAUGACGGCCGAGCAGGUGGCUGAGCAGGUGGCCGCCGAGCAGGUGGCCGCCGGAACCAAGCGGCGCACGGCAGCCGACCUGCAGAUGGAGGACGAGCGCGAGGAGGCCACGCGGGCGCUCGAGACGGAAUUCGAGGAGAUGGAGGAGCUCGAGGCGCGUGUGCGGAGGCUCAAGGAGCGCAGGGAGGCACUACGGGUGCGGACAGUGGUCAAGGUGGACAAAACAUCCCCCAAGGAGGCGAGCGACGACGAGGAUGAGUCGGAGGAUGAUUGGGACGCGUUCCGGUUCAGAUAGACUACA